CAAUGGUGAGAGAGGGAACUUUCCCGUCCUUCGUUCCCGUCUUGUCGUUGGAUUGUGCUUUUGUGUCCGAGUUUGGGUGCGUCUUUUGGCCAAGCUUUCGUCCCCAUGAAGAAGUAGUUAGGAAACCCAGACAGGACAUAUCUUUGUGGCAGCUCCCCGCGCAGCUAAGAGAAGAGUAAGCCCCAAGAUGAGUGACGGGGCAGUAAAGCAGGAGCCGGCGGCAGCUCAUGGCAUGAACGGCACAGCGACACAGGAGGAGGAAGUGCGGCUCAUGACUGAAGAGGAGCUCGAACGCGAGAAGAUGAGACCUCCGGACAUCGACCAGGACAUGAAGGAAAUGGAGCGCCGGAAACGAGUGGAAGCGAUUAUGAACUCAACGAUAUUCCGCGAGGAGCUCGAAAAGAUCGUGGAGACGCAGAUCUCGGAGGGUUACUCGGGCGUGCAGGCCAUCCAGAACAUCUCCGAGAUGAUGGGCUUCCCCACCUCCCGCGUCGGUGUCUUCAAAGGUAGUAAUUGUGUUAUUCCUAUCAAUGACAUUCGUGGGAUGGAGAGCCUGAGCUUUGCUAAAGGAGAGAAGCUACUGCGUUGCAAGCUGGCUGCUGUUUACAGACUUAUUGACAUGCAUGGCUGGACACAGAGCAUUUAUAACCAUUGCACUGCCCGACUAAGCCAGGACAUGGAACACUUCUUGCUGAACCCCUUUGGCAUGCUUUAUCAUGAGGUGACAGCAGCCUCUCUGGUGAAGGUGGACAUGCAGGGCAAUGUGGUGGACAGCGGUGCAACCAAUUUUGGUGUCAAUGUUGCAGGCUUUAUGUUGCACUCGGCCAUCCAUGCCGCCAGGCCAGAUUUAAAGUGUGUCAUUCAUUUACAUCAUCCAGCUGUUGUUGCGGUCUCGGCACUGAAGCAAGGUCUGAUGCCACUGUCACAGGAAGCAUUGCUGGUUGGUGAGGUGUCUUAUCACGACUACCACGGCAUCUUUGUUAAUGCUGAAGAGAAAGAGAAGCUUGCACGAAACCUUGGACCUGUUAAUAAGGUAAACUUUCAGGAUUUUUUUUCUUUCUUUUCUGGUGUCAGUAAACGAGUAUGGAAUGUACCAUCCAUGAGCUAUGCUGGGAAGAGCACCAGAAUCCUAUUCCUGCCUACUAUAAUUGUUGUGAAGGGACACUGCCAGGGGUCAAUGAAGAAGAGGUUAGAGGCUGCCAUCAGAGUUAAAGACUACCUAGGUAAAUUAUAUGAGAGCUGUACAAAGAAAACAUGUGGAAGGCAGUAUGCCACUAUUAAUUCCUCUCUUUUUCUUCUUCAGAUGCGCAUGGCACCUCUGGGUCUUGACAACCUUGUAGUUGUGUCAGAUGAAGCAAGGCAAGCAGCUUAUGAAGUAGCUCGACGAGGAGGAGGAGGGGUCGAUAGCAAACAGGAAGGGGGCCCAGCUGCUCAGGGUCAGAAGGAGCGCAAAUGGAAAGUUGGUGAACUGGAGUUUGAAGCUCUUAUGAGAUCUCUGGAUAAUGCUGGUCUUAGAACAGGGUACAUCUACCGACGACCAUUGGUAAAGCAGGAAACAACAAGAGUGCAAAGUGAUGUGGCUCUCCCCCCCACGGCCUCCAACUAUACACACCUCUUUGAUGAGGAUGAUAUUUCAAGGAGUCCGCUGAAGCGCAUCCUGGACGGGCGCAAGACUCAGGACAAGACCCGGUGGCUAAACUCACCCAAUGUCUACCAGAAGGUGGAAGUACUGGAGACAGGCACUCCAGAUCCCAAGAAGAUCACCAAGUGGGUGGCAGAUGGGUCCCCCACACACUCUACUUCGACUCCUGUCAAAGUGGAAUCUGCUCUCCAGUUUGUUCCAACCAAUACAAACCCUAAGGAGUUCAAGACGAUCCAGAAGAUGAUCAAAGAGAACCGUCGUGUGGGCAGCAUCACAUCUGGACCAACUUCCCACCUGUUGGAAGGUGUGACCUGGGAUGAAGCCCGUCGCAUGCAAGAUGCCAGCAUGUCAGGCGCCUCUGACCAUGUCAUCCUGGUUGGAGCUGCUUCCAAGGGAAUCAUCCAGCGGGACUUCCAGCACAAUGCUGUUGUGUACAAAACACCAUAUGCAAAAAAUCCCUUCGAUUGUGUGACUGAUAAGGAGCUCGAUGAAUAUCGUGAGCUUGUGGAACGCAAGCAGCGAGGAGAGCCAAUUGAAGAGAUUGAGAUCGAGAAGAUGAACAUCAUGCCAGAGCGAGCAACUGUAGAUGUUGUGGAUGACUCUGUUCAAGACUCCAUCCUGAACACCACUGCUCCCACCAGUCCUACCUCGGACCAGGAAGCCUCCAGUGGUCGGGUGUUGAAGGUGGAAACAAAACAGGCACCAAGAGCAAGCAAAGCACAGUCUGUCGUCCUGAGCGAUGUAGAUGGAGAACGAGUUCGCCAAAAGCCAAGUCUCCCCCCUAAACCCAACAUUCCGAAGAAGCCCACAGCGGGCCCAGGGGUACCAGUGGGCCCCCCCCAGAAGGUCCAGGCCACUAUGAAAAUGCUACCAUCAAGAGGAUCAACAAUCACUGUCAACUAUGGCAAAUUACAUUAUGGCUCCCCCAUAGCAGAUCCGCAGCUCCCUCCAGUCGCAGGGGGUGACGUCUGGGGCCAGGGGGAGGUGACACCCCCUCCCUCUGGUCCUGCCACCUUGUCCCGCUCCCCCACUGUCCAGGCGGGUGAGGGUCAGCUGACCCCCCGCACCAACUCCCUCACCCGUGGGAUUCAGAAGAUGCUGAAGGCAGCAUCACGGUCCAAGGAAGAUGGCAUGAGGGCACGGGAACCGAGCCCCACUCUGGAGCGUUCCAAGUCUGCAUUCUAUAAGAGCGAAGUGGCGAAUGAGAAGCGCUCAGCACUCCAGCGCCGUUCUUGGUCUCUGUCUCGUAAAGGGGAGACAGUAGCCAAUGGUGAUGAUACAGAGGCACACCACAGCACUCUCUCGCAAAGCAGUAAAGAAGGCUCUCCAACCAAGGACACCUCCCUAACAGAUGACUCAAUCUCCAAGGACAAGAAGAAGAAGAAGAAGGGCCUGCGCACCCCAAGCUUCCUGAAGAAGAAGAAGGACAAGAAGAAGGAGAAGGAGGCUGCCCACCACUAGUGCCCCAAGUCCCCAUUUCCUUCAUAGACUCCCGUCUCUGGUAGACCAAUGCUGACACUGCCAGAAUCUGUAGAUAGCAAAGAGGAAUAUAUUGUGGGAGCCCCUUCAUGGUGCUGGCGAGAGGCGUGCUGCUGACAUUGUUCAUCGGAUCCAAGACUUGUCAACCUAAAUUCCCUGUCAGCCUAUCAUUUCUGUGUUCUCCCUUUCUUUUCAUUCAGUUUUACAGAUAAGGCAGUGUUAGUGAUGAAAGCUAUACUUUAUUGUGUAAUUUUUAGUGGUACUAUUUGUAGUAUGUAGAUUUUCACCAAAACAGUUUUAGGUUUCAAGAUGAAGCUAAAAAAAUUAAUAGCUUUGUGAUGAUGAAAUUUUGAAUAUUUUAUUGAUAUCUGUUAGGCUCUCUAUAUGAUUUGGAUCCUUUUGUUAAUCCCAGGUUAUUGUAGCUGGUCAACUUCAGCUUUCAUUAGAGUGCCUCAAGUCAAGUUUUAGAUGCUGAUGAACACCUUCAUGUCAAUGCUUGAUGCGAUUGAUAGUGUGUGUAUGGAUGUGUUAAACUUGCUAUCAUGCAGAAGUUAAAAUGCAGACAAACAGUACACCAGUGAUGUAUGUAAUGUCUUGGUUGUUUCAUAAUAAUACCCACCUGCUCUAAAGGGCAUAGUCCCCAGGCCAGCUUGUGCCAACUCAUACAUCAUUUAGUAAUGUACAAUCAUAAGUGAUUUUACAGCCUUGGCACACCCUGACUAGCAGACUAAGAAGGGUUAUUUAACUAUGAUCCAUUUUAUUUCUUCAUGCGAAUGAAUGAGUGCAACACCAGCCCAUUCUCCUUUUACUAUCGUCCUUCCACGGAUAGUUGUCGGAUCAGCGGUCUCUCAUCUCACCCCACCAAGUCUCACCAUUUGCACCAAAUGGUUCACAAGAUGAAAGAGAGACUAGUAGAUGGCUCUUUUGAUCUUUCCAACCCUAAUUUUGUUCCAUUCAAGCCCUCACAGCAGGAGGGUACAUGGAAGUGAAAAACCUUCUGCUUUUUUUUUUUUACGAGUCUGACCUCAACUAUUAGGAAUGGAAGGACCACAGUAUCUGCUGGGGAUGCUCUCCUGUCAGUUGUCAUUUCUGUCCCUCAUCAGUAUCAGAAGACUUGCUCUCCUGGUCUGUGGCAUCUUCACUCUUCCUGUUAAACCUUGAACUUGUGUCCAGAAAAGAAAUUAUUUGUUGAUACCGAUAGCUGUGACUGGUCAAUUGCUUGGGUCACCAUUUGCGUCAUCCAGCUGAUUUGCCUGUGUCAUGUCUUUAUUUUAUAUAAUACGCCUUGAGCACCUGUGCUCAGAAGACAUUCUCUCAAUGGCUGUAAAAUUGUAGGGAAGCGACUUUGUCACUGACAUGAAAUUUGACAUUCAGCUGGAGAUGCUGGUGGUUGUUGUAGGACCACUUUUAUCUUCUCCUGCUGCUAGAAGGUGGAUUGUUUUAUUAGCUACACAUUCAUUUUUUAAUCACAGCUUAGCACUGUUUUAUAUACAUCUGUAUUAUAGCAACUGAAUAAAUCAUUAUUAUAAUUAUUAUUAUAUGAAUAUGCAGGCAGCUGAUUUUAGCUUGUUUUGGAAAGAAAAUAAAAUGUCCCAACUCCACAAAGUCUUAUGUCUUCAUUCUUUCAUUCCAUAACCUUGAGUUUGUAUGUAUUUUUUUCUAUUUAGGAAUAAGUUUGUUAUUUUGGGAGGCUCUUUACUAAUAUUCAUGUUUUUAAUGUGAGGUUGUAAAUUGUACACCAGCCUUGAGAGCCAUGAAAAGAAGUGAAACUACUGAAUGUUCUUUCCAGAAACUAGUGCUGCUGUAUUGAAUAAAAAAUUCAAGAUCUCCAUUA